CACCCACCUUCGUCUUCCACUCCCACCAUGAAUCGCAUCUUCGGCUCCUCCUCAAGCAGGAAACCUAAGCCGUCGCUGCAGGAUGCUAUAGCAUCGACAGACGCGCGGGUAUCCUCCAUUGAGGUCAAGAUCCGCAAGCUCGACGGCGAGCUCGCGCGGUACAAGGAGCAGAUGUCGAAGCUGAGGAAUGGGCCGGGGAAGAACGCCAUCCAGCAGCGCGCGCUCCGGACGCUUAAGCAGAAGCGCAUGUACGAGUCGCAGCUGGAGCAGCUCACGCAACAGACGUUCAACAUGGAGUCCGCCGCGCUCACGACGGAGAACCUGCGAAACACGAUGGCCACGGUCGACGCGAUGAAGAUGGCGAACAAGGAGAUGCGCAAGCAGUACGGGAAGAUCGACAUUGACAAGAUCGAGAACGUGCAAUUCGAGAUGGAAGAUCUCAUUGAGCAGGCGAACGAGAUACAGGAGUCACUGGGCAGGUCAUAUGCCGUCCCGGAUGAACUGGACGAGGCAGAUCUAGAAGCAGAACUUGACGCUCUGGCGUUGGAGGGCCCCGAUGAAGAGGAAACAUCGUAUCUGGCCGACCUCAACAAAGCUCCCGACUUCAUAGAUGAGGCACCGGUUGAGGCACCCGAGACUCCUCAGCAUGCAGAAGCAGUCAAGGCAACAUAGGGCGUUCACUGCGGCUAUCAUCAGGCUACCAACAUUGAAAUAGGUCAUGACGUUGUAACAUAUAAUUUCCAUUAGGCAUCAUCAAGGGAAUAUGAAGAACUAUCUUGCUCUUCCACAGUCA